AUGAAGCCCUCAAAGGCAUCCCAGCGCUAUAGAAACAACCGGAGACAUGCCAGCCAGUGCUACCUCUACCAGGAGUCCCUGCUGCUCAGCAGCUUGGAUGACAGCUUUAAUGCUGAUGAAACAGGGGACAGCAAUGAUCCAGAACAAAUCUUCCAGAAUAUACAAUUCCAGAAAGAUCUUGUGGCAAACAUUCGCUGCAGACCCUGGACCAUGGGGCAGAAGUUGAGGGCGCUGAGACGAGCAAAAGACAUUGUGCUGAAGUUUGAAGGGAGGCUGACCAGGACCCGAGGCUACCAGGCGGCAGGAGCAGAGCUCUGGCGGAAAUUUGCUCGUCUUGCCUGUAACUUCAUGGUCAUCUUCAUUCCCUGGGAAAUGAGAAUAAAGAAAAUUGAGAGUCAUUUUGGAUCUGGUGUGGCCUCCUAUUUCAUAUUCUUGAGAUGGUUGUUUGGGAUCAAUAUUGUGCUCACCGUCAUGACAGGUGCUUUCAUUGUGAUUCCAGAGCUGAUUGCAGGCCAGCCCUUUGGAAGCACAGCCAGGAAGACCAUCCCCAAGGAGCACGUUGCCUCGGCCCAAGACCUGGACACCGUCUGGUCCCUGGGGGGAUACCUCCAGUACUCAGUCCUGUUCUACGGCUACUACGGCAGGGAGCGGAGGAUCGGGAGAGCCGGCUACCGGCUGCCCUUGGCUUAUUUCCUGGUGGGGAUGGCAGUGUUUGCUUACAGUUUCAUCAUUCUCUUAAGAAAGAUGGCUAAGAACUCCCGCACAAGCCUUGCCAGUGCUUCCAAUGAAAACUAUACCUUCUGCUGGCGGGUGUUUUGUGCCUGGGAUUACCUCAUUGGAAACCCAGAGGCUGCAGAGAGCAAGACAGCCGCCAUCGUGAACAGCAUCAGGGAGGCCAUACUGGAAGAACAGGAAAAGAAGAAAAACAAAAACCUGGCAGUGACCGUCUGUCUGAGGGUCAUCGCCAACAUCCUGGUGCUGCUCUCACUGGCUGGAAGCAUCUACCUCAUCUACUUCGUGGUGGACCGGUCCCAGAAGCUGGAGCAGUCCAAGAAGGAGCUGACGCUUUGGGAGAAGAAUGAGGUGAGCGUGGUGGUCUCUCUCGUCACCAUGCUAGCUCCAUCUGCUUUCGACCUCAUCGCUGCCUUGGAGAUGUACCACCCACGGACCACACUGCGCUUCCAGCUGGCGAGGGUCCUUGUGCUGUACCUUGGGAAUCUCUACAGUCUGAUCAUUGCUCUCCUGGACAAAGUUAACAGCAUGAGUAUUGAGGAAGCUGCUACCAAAAACAACACAAGUCACUGGGUGGAUUCCACUACCUUCUUUGCCACCAGGACAGCCCUCCAAGAAGAGAAAUGGUCUACACCUUGGCCUGGAAUAGGGCUCGGGAGAAAUAGCACAUGGGCCUUGGAAGAGACUAGUGUCCCCACUCACACAGUGCCUCUCCCAAAGGCAAACAGGACCAUACUGUACACUCUGAGUCCACAGGACCAGUGCUGGGAAACAUACGUUGGCCAGGAGAUGCUGAAGCUGUCCAUCAUUGACAUGCUCUUCACUGUGGCCAGCAUUCUGCUCAUAGACUUCUUCCGGGGGCUUUUCGUCCGGUACUUAAGUGACUACUGGUGUUGGGACCUGGAAAAUAAGUUUCCUGAAUAUGGGGAAUUCAAAAUAGCUGAGAAUGUGCUCCAUUUGGUCUACAACCAAGGAAUGAUUUGGAUGGGGGCCUUCUUCGCACCCUGCCUCCCUGCGUUCAAUGUUCUCAAACUCAUCGGGCUUAUGUACCUGCGGAGCUGGGCUGUGCUGACCUGCAACGUGCCCCACCAGCAAGUAUUCCGAGCCUCCAGAUCCAACAACUUCUACCUGGCUAUGCUGCUGUUCAUGCUGUUCCUGUGCAUGCUGCCCACCAUUUUCGCAAUUGUGCGAUAUAAGCCAUCUCUAAACUGUGGCCCAUUCAGUGGACAAGAGAAAAUUUAUGAUAUUGUCUCAGAGACGAUUGAGAAGGACUUCCCCGUGUGGUUCAGCUCUGUGGCUGGACACAUCAGCAGCCCGGUGGUCAUCCUGCCUGCGGUGCUGCUGCUUUUCAUGCUCAUCUAUUACCUGCAGAGCAUCGCUCGGUCCCUGAAGCUCAGCAACCACCAACUCAGAAUGCAGAUCCAAAACGCAAGAUCAGAAGAUAAGAAAAAGGUUGCCCAAAUGGUAGAAGCCCGGAUCCAGACUCAGGACGAAAGCAACAAGAGGCUUCAAAAUGACAGUGACCGCAUCAGCCAGCUGUCCUCAGUGUACUCAGCCACACCCCAAAACAAUGGCGAUGUGACCAAUUUCAGCUCAGUUAGCAGCAAGAGCAGCAGGCUGGAAACAGUCGCCCAGUCUGUGCCACCAAGCCCCAGGCCAGGGCCCAGGGCUCCCAGCUCACCUCUUCCUGGUGUGUCCAAAUCCAACCCAGGGCACAGUGCUAACAGGUACACACGUGGUCUUUGUGCCAGCACAGGGGACCUUCACAAGAGCAGAUGGCGCACACCUGUGACAUUUACAAGGCACACUGAAGAUGUUCACUCAGAACCUCUUUUCCGGAAAGACUUCCGCCAAGUCAGCCCUCCCCUCCAUGGACCAAGGGCCUCAGCCUUGGUGGCACAGGGUCAAAGGCCCCCAACUCCUAGAUACUAUAUAAUUAAUGAAUAUGACUCUCAUAAGAAAAUCCAUCCGACCUUCUGGCCAGAAAGACUUUUCGAGAUAGAAGCCUCAGGUGAUAUUGUGGAGACAUACCCCCUAAGCCUGCGACCGUACAUGCACCGGGUCCCCCCGCAGCCUCCCUCUCCACAGCUGACUGAGGAAGAGGAGGCAAUGCUGAGGGGGGAUCUGAUUGAGCAACCAUUCCCCCUACGCUCACUCGCAGACCUCCACCGGGCUCCUCACUUCUACACUGGUGAGAGGGUAGACAGCCAGACCCUUGCCCUCGAGCACCAAGGAGGAAGGGUGCACCACCAGGCUUGGAAUGACAGUUUUGAGGGCCAACUAGCCAGGCCCACGCCUGUGCACAGAAAGCCCCGCUCCCGACACUUCCGAUACCCACAGCACCCGCUGAGACCCAGAGUGAAGCCCAGGUCUGAACCACCUCUCACAGAAUCUGAUUCCAUGUCAGCGACAUCCAGCAGUGACCAGCAGAACAGCAGCACUGACCAGUACCUGCAGGUCAUCCAUAGCCCAGACAGGCUCCCUAGGCCUAUGGGCCAGCUCAGCAGGAGAAAGGCCCAGCUGGGGCCGGAGCUGACCCUAGACCUGGACAACUUGAUUUGCUCAAACGUUUAG